GAGAGACAGAGAGAAAGGUCUUCCUUUUCCGUUGGUUCACCCCCCAAUGGCUGCUGCAGCCGGCGCACCGCGCUGAUCCGAUGGCAGGAGCCAGGUACUUCUCCUGGUCUCCUAUGGGGUGCAGGGCCCAAGCACUUGGGCCAUCCUCCACUGCACUCUCUGGCCACAGCAGAGAGCUGGCCUGGAAGAGGAGCAACCGGGACAGAAUCCGGCGCCCCGACUGGGACUAGAACCUGAUGUGCCGGUGCCACAAGCGGAGGAUUAGCCUAGUGAGCUACAAGCGGCACCGGCCCCUAAAUCUAAUUGUAAUGAGUACACUAAAUAUCCAUGGACGAAACAAUCGGAUUGAAAGGCAGAAAUUGCCAAAAUGAAUAAAAAGCAAGACUCAAGUGGCCUCCAGCUACAGGAGACGUCCUUUUAGAAUAAUGACUUCAAUAGGCUGAAGGAAGUGACUGGCAGAAGAGAUGAGGUUUGUGGUCAAAGCCAUCUCACAGCACAAAGUACUGCAGUAUCUGCAGGGACAGUCAUCAUCUCAGGAAGACAGAACCAUCAUAAAACGUUCAUGUACCUAAUGAUUGCUUCAAAACCUGCAGCGAAACUUGACAGAAUUGAAGGAACAGGCAACCCCAUAGUUGGAAGUCUUAAAGCCCCAGUCUUUUAACAACGGAGAAAAACCGUACCCCACAAUCAGUCAGGUCAGACAAUCCCAACAACGCCUCCACCACUUCUGCCCUCAUUGAUACUUACAGAACACUACGCCCCAAUUGCCAAAGGCACACGGCCAAGUGCACAUGGCAAGUUCACCAGUGUAGACCAUAGGUUAUCCACAGAGGGAGCCUCCACACACAGGAGCUGGAUUCACUGUCUUUUCUCUGACCACAAUAGAGAGGGGAUUGAGCACCCUGGAGGCCAGGAAGGGGGGAGAGCUGAUUUCUGAGCAGGUACAAGCAGAUCUGGGGUACAGCUGAACACCAGAAGGAGGGGCGAGGGUGGCUGAGGGCCCCAGGACCCCAGCUUUGCAGUCUCUGGCUUCUCACCUGCCCCAGGCUUUGCAUGGAGGACGGAGUACUGUCGUCAGACUGGCCGGGCCAGUGAUGAUCAGAACAGGGCCCCAGGGCUUCCUGCUUCACCCCUUUAUCUGCCUGCGAGAUGGACAGCUUGUCCUGCCUGCUCUGACCACAGAAGGAGAUUGUCCCGCACGGUGUGGAGCGUGGCCACUACAAGAUGAGCUUCACCUCCCAGGUAACUGGAGCAGAAAUCUUCGGUCCAUCUUGGCUUCUGCCCAAGCAGGAUACCCGCGGACUGCACUGAGGCCAGGGCAGGUGCCCCGUCAUCCACUGCUGUCACCCUGCUUGGGCCCAGUGGCUAUGGGGGGAAGGGGAAGCAGCAACUCCCGUGCCCUCCCAGCCCGGUGGACGGUAGGACACCUUAACCAAAGCCAAAGGGUGCUUCUGUGCUUCAGUCCUGCCCACGGCUUUCUGAGGUCCAGGGAGGCAGAAGCUGCAGGCCUGAGCUCUGGGGGCGAGUGGCUGCCCAGGUUUUCCCGGGUGCCCGGGAUAUGAGGCUUUCAAUUCCGAAAUGUGCAAAGUCCUCAGGCAGCCUGGGAUGGUUGCCUGGCUCUUCCGUGGCUCCCAGUUGGAGAAAAGGAGACUCGCUCAGCCGGAAGCCGAGGACAGGAGGGAGAGGAACGGUCUGGGUGGGAGGGGCAGUGAGCCCGGGGCGGCCGCCCUCUGAAGCGUGGGCUUGGGCAGCCCGGCUCCGCACCACUUGUGUCUAGGUCUUUCCCACGCAGGGUAGCUCUGCUGGAGUCAAUCACCUCCCUUCCCACGAAGAUGCCCAGAGGCCCGGGUGUGUGUGUGUGUGUGUGUGUGUGCAUGUGCGUGUGUGUGCGCGCGUGUAUGUGUCACUUCCUGCUCCCAGCUCUCUACCACUCUAGGAGAGCUCACUGCCCUUGGGGGCCCCAGCUCCACUCCAUUCCCAGGCUCUGAGACUGAAUCUUGGGCACAGCCCAGGCAAUGGGACCAUGUUCCUAAUCCCCAAAGCCCUCUGUAAAGAUAGGAGGUGGCAGGGCCGGCGCCGUGGCACGGUAGGUUAAUCCUCUGCCUGCAGCAUCAGCAUGCCAUAUGGGCACAGGUUCUAGUCUUGGUUGUUCCUCUUCUGAUCCAGCUCUCUCCUAUGGCCUAGGAAAGCAGUAGAAGAUGGCCCAAGUCCUUGGGCCCCUGCACCGACGUGGGAGACCCGGAAGAAGCUCCCGGCUUUGGAUCGGCACAGCUCCCGCCAUUGUGGCCAUUUGGGGAGUCAAUCAGUGGCCGGAAGACCUUUCUCUCUGUCUUUCCCUCUUACUGCCUGUAACUCUAGCUCUCAAGUAAAUAAAUAAAAUCUUAAAAAAAAAAGAUAGGAAAUGGAUCUGUCACUUUCCAAUAGAGGAAGAGAAGUGACUGGUGUUAGGCACACAGGGUCACAUAGGCACGCAUCAGCUGUGUGCACUCUGGUGACGAACCUGUGUCCUUACCUUGGAAGUGGGGACAUGGUACCCUUCUUUUUUUUUUAAGAUUUAUUUGUUUAUUUGAGAGGUAGAGUUACAAACAGAGAGAGGGAGAGACAGAGAGAAAGGUCUUCCAUCCACUGGCUCACUCCCCAAAUGGCCGCAACAGCCAGAGCUGAGCUGAUCUGAAGACAGGAGCCAGGAGUAGGUCUCCCACACAGGUGCAGGGGCCAUCAUCCACUGUUUUCCCAGCCAUAGCAGAGAGCUGGAUCAGAAGAGGAGCAGCCGGGACACGAACCGGCACCCACAUGGGAUGCUGGUGCUGCAGGCCAAGGCUUACUUAGCCCACUAUGCCACAGCACCGGCCCCCAUGGUAUCUCUCUUGUGGUUACACAAAGGAUCAAAGAGGCAGCUGCUCCAAAGAUGUUUGCGGCUAAGGUUGCUGGACUUGGGAGGAGAGGCCCGUGCUGGGGUCCAGAUCUCACCCAGGCUUUCUUGUUUCUUCAGAUCUCCUGCUCAACCCAGGUACCACCGGACAGCAACCUGGUGCUGCCUCCAGGAGUGGCAAGAUGGGAGAUGGUUGGGGAAGGGGGGCCCGCAGCAGGGGGAGGGGAGGAGAAAGAAGCAGCUGGAACCCAAUGAGAAGAUAAGACUGGCUGGGGGGGAGGAGGCCCCCAUUGCUGGGGGAGGGUGCAGUUCUCAGGGGUGGCUUGGGACAGCAUGUUUGAGUACCUGAUGUCCAGGCCUCUGGAGUCACUCAGCACAGAGAAGCAGGUGUGGAGCCCGGGAUGCAGCACUGUGGUCAGUGGAAGGACCCAACCACUCUUUCCAGCAACAUGUGCAAAUGCCCUGUGGCCUAAUCCCUUUCUCUUCCCAGACCGUGACUGGGGCAGUCAGCACCAUUAAGUUCUUCCUCUCUGAGGCUUACCUGGGUCAGCACUUUGAGAUUGUGGAGCUGAGCGACAGGGAGCCGGAGCCUGGAGACCUCUUCCUGUUCAGGAUGAUGUCCCCCUUGCGAGACUUUUGGUGCGGGGCCCACGUGGGUGUAUACUGUGGCCGUGGAGAGAUCAUCCACUUUGAGGGCAGGAGCUCCGGCGGCUUCGGGUUGGACUCCGUAGUGCGCUCCUCCGAAGGCGUGGUGUGCAAACAGGGCCAGCGCCCGCUGCUGCGCUCCCGCCUGCUCUGGCGUGUGCUAAGGCGACGCGGCGGCGUGGACCGCGCGCUGUUGGAGCGCCGCGUCCGCGAGGCCAUGGACGCCGACCCGCCUGUCUAUCACCCCACGCGCAGCAACUGCGUGCACUUUGCUCUGAGCCUGAUCCACCCGGAAGGGGACCCCGGCAGCUUGGUAAGCGCGGAUUCCAUGGGGGGGGGGGUCCUCUUAAAUCCAGACCCUCUGCCCUCCGCCGGAGCCACGUGCCUCCGAGCUCCAGAUGAACUUUAUUCGGGCAGACCCCAAGCUCACAGAUCCCGGCCACAUUCUCAUUCCCCCAACAGACUCUUCCUACUGAGCCAAGCUCCGCCUUCCCAGGCCCUGUCCAUUUCCACCUGGCCUCUGAGCAUUCGCGAUCCCUAUCCACAGAGGAGCUGUUAACUUUAUUACAAUUAGACCAGUCCUUAUGAACUCUAACACGACCCAAGCCCAGCCCAGAGGUCCCUGGCCACCCAACUUGAUGCCUCAAACGCUGGCCCAUGGAGAGCCUACUCC